AUAAUACAAUGACAUCCGACUUGUACCAGCCCAAGAUGGAAUACAGAUCAAUAUGUGCUAUGGUAUAAAAGACGACGUACGAGAUGCAAUUCAGCGUUUUCAAGCACAUCCGUGUCCUCCCAGGUGUUCGGGGAUUAUCCAGUCUGUCCAACUCUAGCCAAGGAUAUAUUCCUCGUGGAAAACAGAAUACUUCUAGCCAAGGUUCUGGAACAGCUGGAGAGAGUCAAGGGGGAAAGCCCAGUGGACACAAUGGCGGAGGACCAACUCAAACCAGUCAAGGCUCUGGGAAACCUGGAGGCCGAAGGCCCAGAGGAAGCGAGUAAACGUCAACCAUAGGAGAGCCUGAUCCCUUUAAGUAUUCGAGCUGAUUCUUUAUCUUACACCUAUC